UGUACGGCUGUGACUGCUAUCUACUUCCGGUCCCUUGGCGCACAUUCAUCCCAUGGUCACAGGUUCCGGGCUGUAUUGUACCUCAGUUAUCCUUUAGUGACCAUAGCAUCUUAUGUGUCCAGCAUUAAUGUAGCAGCGCUCCUCCAAGAUGUGUAUCGGGGGUUGUAUUCACUGUCCCACACAUAAGACUUCCUCACUGCUGUGUACUGUAGUGAACGAGAACUAAGUGUUCCUUCACAUCCCCGGUCUAAGGCAGGGACCGGACAGAGCUCACGUGAUCUACACCCUAUCAGAUUAAACAUUUAACUUAAACAAUAAGAAAAUAUCCCACAAGGCUUUCUGGUUCAUGCAGUCUCUGGCAUCAUUAUUGUCAUCAGCAGAGCGCACAUCUGACAUCCGAUUGAGUCGGUACCAUGGGUGAGAGUUCAUGUCUGCAGUAUGUCAGCCCAUAUGCCUUUGAAGCAAUGCAAAAAGUGGAUGUGGUCCGGUUGGCAGCUCUGAGUGAUCCAGAAUUGAGACUUCUGCUACCAUGUCUGGUCCGCAUGGCCUUGUGUGCUCCGGCAGACCAGAGCCAAAGCUGGGCUCAGGACAAAAAGCUGCUUCUGCGGCUUCUAUCAGGAGUGGAGGCAGUUAACUCUAUUGUGGCCUUGCUCUCUGUAGAUUUCCACGCAUUAGAGCAGGAUGCCAACAAAGAACAACAAUUAAGGCAUAAGCUAGGGGGAAGUACUGGAGAAAGUAUCUUGGUGUCACAACUUCAGCAUGGCCUGACAUUGGAAUUUGAGCACAGUGAUUCUCCUCGUCGGUUACGACUAGUACUUAGUGAGCUGUUGGCAAUAAUAAAUAAGGUUGCAGAUUCUAAUGGUGAAUAUUUUCUGAAGUCAUCUGAGCUCUUUGAAAGCCCUGUGCACAUGGAGGAAGCUGCAGAUGUACUCUGUAUUUUACAAGCUGAAUUGCACACGCUUCUGCCGAUCAUUGACAUGGCUGAAGCUCUCCUCCAUGUUCGCAAUGGGGCCUGGUUCCUUUGUUUGCUGGUUGCAAAUGUUCCGGACAGUUUUAAUGAAGUUUGUAGGAGCUUGAUAAAAAACGGAGAACGCCAAGAUGAAGAAAGUGCUGGUGGGAGGCGCAGAACUGAAGCUCUUCGCCAGUUGUGCAAAAUGAAUCCAGCUCAGGCCCUUAAAGUACGAGGCAUGGUGGUAGAAGAAUGUCACCUUCCAGGGCUUGGUGUAGCAUUGACAUUGGACCAUACCAAAAAUGAAGCUGGUGAUGAUGGUGUGAGUAACAUGGUGUGCUUCGUAAGCGGGCUACUCCUUGGGACCAAUGCAAAAGUUAGGACCUGGUUUGGCACAUUUAUCCGCAAUGGUCAACUGAGAAGACGAGAAAACAGCAGUUCAGUGCUGUGGCAGAUGAGGAGACAGCUCCUUUCGGAGUUAAUGGGAAUUCUUCCAACUGAGAAAAAGCCACAGAUAUCAGAGGGAGGAGAUAUUGAGCAUGGAGGACCUACAUGUUGUGGACUGAAAGAGGAACAUGUAGUCAAAGCCAGUGCCCUGCUUCGCCUGUAUUGUGCCUUGAUGGGAAUCGCCGGCCUAAAGCCAACAGAUGAAGAAGCAGAGCAAGUGCUUCAGCUCAUGACCAGCCGUCCUCCUGCCACUCCUGCUGGGGUGCGAUUCGUCUCUCUUUCUUUCUGUAUGUUGCUGGCGUUUUCCACACUAGUAAGUACACCAGAACAGGAGCAGUUGAUGUUGAUGUGGCUCAGCUGGAUGAUAAAAGAAGAAGCUUAUUUUGAAAGUACAGCUGGUGUGUCUGCCUCAUUUGGAGAAAUGCUGCUAUUAGUUGCCAUGUAUUUCCAUAGCAACCAGCUGAGUGCCAUCAUCGAUUUGGUCUGUUCCACACUGGGAAUGAAGAUUGUCAUUAAGCCAAGUUCUCUUAGUAGAAUGAAGACUAUUUUCACUCAGGAGAUAUUUACAGAACAGGUGGUCACAGCCCAUGCGGUUCGAGUCCCUGUUACAAGCAAUCUGAGUGCAAAUAUUACUGGUUUUCUACCAAUUCACUGUAUAUAUCAGCUUUUAAGAAGUCGAGCUUUCACCAAGCACAAAGUGUCAAUAAAGGACUGGAUCUACACUCAGAUAUGUGAGACAACUACUCCUCUUCAUCAACAGCUGAUUCCACUCAUUGAUGUUUACAUUAACUCAAUCAUCACUCCAGCAUCAAAGUCCAGCCCAGAAGCCACCAACAAACCAAUCACAGAACAAGAAAUAUUAAAGGUUUUUCAGGGUCACACAGGAGAGAAUUUUCGUCAAAAUCAACGUAACAAAAUUACUACUCAGUUGCUUUUACUCUAUUACCUUCUUUCUUAUGAAGAAGCUUUACUGGCUAAUUCAAAAGCCUUAGCGGCCAUGCAGAAAAAACCAAAGUCUUACCCUUCAUUAUUAAUGGAUCAGAUUCCAAUAAAAUACCUUAUAAGACAAGCACAAGGCUUACAACAAGAACUUGGAGGCUUACACUCUGCCCUGCUGCGCUUGCUUUCCACAAACUAUCCCCAUCUAUGCAUUGUGGAUGACUGGAUAUGUGAGGAGGAAAUUACUGGUACAGAUGCUCUUUUAAGGAGGAUGUUGAUGACAAAUUCUGCCAAAAAUCAUUCCCCAAAACAGCUACAGGAUGCAUUUUUACAGCUUCAGAGCAGCCAUACACAGGUGAUGCAAAUUCUAGAGCACUUGACUCUGCUUAGUGCCAGUGACCUCAUCCCAUAUGCAGAAGUUCUCACUGCCAAUAUGAGUCUACUACUGAAUGUUGGUGUUCCACGCAGGAUACUACAGACAGUCAAUAAGCUUUGGAUGACCCUGAACACUGUAAUGCCAAGAAGGCUGUGGGUGAUGACUGUGAAUGCUUUACAGCCUUCACUAAAAUUGGUUCGGAGUCAUAAGUACACUCAGAAUGAUCUCAUGAUUGACCCUUUAAUUGUAUUGCGCUGUGAUGCCCGAGUCCUGAGAUGCCCACCUCUGAUGGAUAUUACAUUACACAUGCUGAAUGGCUACCUUUUAGCAUCUAAAGCUUACUUAAACUCUUAUCUUAAAGAAACUGCAGACCAAGACAUUAAACCUUCUCCUAGUAAUGCAAUGGCUGCUCUGGCAGGUCAGACAGAAACAAUGGAGGUUACAAGGGAAGAACUAAAAAAUGCUUUGCUUUCAGCCCAGGAUAGUGCAGCAGUGCAGAUUCUGUUGGAGAUCUGCCUUCCAUCAGAGGACAAGAAUCAGGAGCAGCUGGAAGAAGACAGUCUACUGUGCAAUCUACGAGAAGUGCAGUGUCUCAUUUGUUGUCUCUUGCAUCAGAUGUUCAUAGCAGACCCAAACAUUGCAAAACUUGUUCAUUUUCAGGGUUACCCUUGUCAACUUCUGCCUCUGACAGUUGCCGGAAUCCCAUCAAUGCACAUCUGUCUUGAUUUUAUACCUGAACUUAUUGCUCAACCAGAAGUGGAGAAACAGAUAUUUGCAAUCCAGCUUCUUUCACACUUGUGUAUUCAGUAUGCAUUACCAAAGUCUCUCAGUAUGGCUCGCCUGGCUAUAAAUGUAAUGGGGACCCUCCUCACAGUGUUAACUCAAGCCAAGCGUUUUGCAUUCUUUAUGCCAACAUUGCCAUGCUUGGUGCCAUUCUGCCAAGCAUUCCCACCAUUAUAUGAAGAGGUCAUGUCUUUACUCAUACAGAUUGGGCAGGUCUGUGCAUCAAAUGUGGCCACUCAAACCAGAGAUGUUGACCCAAUUAUUACACGUCUACAGCAACUCAAAGAGAAACCGAAGGAACUUUCAAGUGCCAUCAACCUUUUCCCACUUAAGGUUGCUGCAGCAAAGGAUCUGGAGAGUUUGGAUCCAGAUGUCCAGCUCUGUCAUCAAGUUGAAAAUACCAUCAUUGAUAUCUUUAACAUAAGUGUCACAGGCAUGUAAAGACUUUUUCUUCUUUAGACUUCUUUAGUAAGACUGAGUGAUGGCACCAUGAUCCACAGUAACAUAACACUUUAUGUAUGUUUGGAUGGCUAAGUUACUAUGAACACCAUUCAUGACACCCUACCAAGGUGGAGAGACUUCCAUGUAAGGAAAAAAAGAUCCUGCUAUUGAAUUAAGAUUUCAGUAAGCCUUUCUGACUUCUGUGAUGAAUUUUGGCUUUGCCCCUUGCUUUUUUAACUUAAGUCAUUUGUGAUAUCGGCUACAUGGUCCCAGGCAUGGAGCAGAGCUGGAGAAAACUAUGGCACAUAGUUCCAGGAAACAGCACUUGCCCUGAAUGUUAAAAUGCUACCCAUGUGCUGAAGUAAACAUGCAGGUAAAACAGUGCCUCAUGGCUCAGCAUGGCAUUUUCUAAUUUCUUCUGCGUAAGUGAUCCAUGACCUGUAUAGUAGACACAAAUGAAACAUCCACUUUGAUUUUGUGUAAAAUAAACAAUUCCGUAGUGUACUAAGACUUCUAGCUACAGACAAGGUGACGUUAUAACAACAUAAUCACAUGUACUGUUACAGAUUAGGAUGUUCUUAAUUUGUUGGUGUACAUAUAUAACAGAACUUGUCCAGUUUGCCCUUUUAAAAGAAUAGUUGUGAAAGCUAAUGCUGUAACCAUAAACCAAUUAGAAACCAGUUGGGAUCAAAUGCUAAAUUGUGUUCACAAUUUUUUUUUUUAUAUACAUUUUGUGUAUAUAUUGUCCAUAUAUAUUGUCCAUAUAUAUUAUCCAUAUACAGUAUGUCAUGUAUUUGUGUUUGUUUGUUUUGUGUCUGUAAAUAAGACAAAUUGCAAUGACUCUGGAAAAUGCUGAAAAUCCAGUGUUACUACAAAAUCUCCAACUAUUUAACAUCUACAAUUGCAUUACAUUAGUUUUUUUUAGUAAUAUUUUAUGCAAGAAAUAGAUUUUUGGUGAUCAGCUCGAAAAAUAUACAAUAUUUUUUUCAUGUUUUCCACCAUGUAGAAAGUCUGAUGUGAAGCACUG